AUGACCGAGACUGCGAAUGGCUCUCCAAAAACCCCUCAUCGGGGUUUCAACAACAAAGCUCGAGGAGUCUUAAUUGGUGCCGACCACAAUCGCCCUAUUGAUAUCCCAGUUGUCGUGCAUGACACCCCAACGCAUUCACCAAUUGCGCCUCAUCGGGGAUUCAAUAGCAAAGCUAGAGAGAUGCUGAUUGGUGACAACGAUAAACAUCUUACUGGGAUGCCUACCAAAUCUGCCAGCGAGUUUGACUUAAUGCGGAAAGUCGUAGGAGGAUUGAAGAAACCACAGAGUCCCGUUACGCCAAGUUCUCCUAAGACGCCAAAUUCUACAUGUUCCAAUCAGGAGCCACGUGAUAUCGACUCGGAGCUCACUGAUUUGGACAUUAAUAGCGAGCGUGGUGGGGUAAUGGAUGGCGACGAAUUAUGUAAAGCUCGCGUCUAUGAAGUUCCUGAAACUCAAAAGAAGAAAAAUGUAGCUGUUUGGUUGAGCAAGCAGUCGCAGCCA